AUGUUUCCUACGGAGCAGUCCCUGGCAAAUAUUGAUGAGGCUAUUGCGGAGACAGAGAAAAAGAUAUUGGAAUUAGAUGUGGAAACUCGUGAUAUCGUCAGAGGUCGAUUCCAUUCGGAAGAUGAGGGACAGGAAGUUGUGCAAGAAGCAAUGCAAAUGAUCCAAUCAUUGUUUGUGAGAAUACGAGAUGUUCAGGAUCGCGCUACGCGUUCGGAAGAAAUGGUGCAUGAAAUCACAAAGGAUAUUCAGCAGCUUGAUCAAGCUAAACGCAACCUCACGGUUUCCAUAACCACAUUAAAUAAUCUCAUCUUAAUUGUGAAUGCAUUGGAUCGGCUUAAUGCAGUUCUCCAUAUUGACAUAAAGACGGGAUCAAGUAAAGAAACCGUAAAAGCUUCGAAAUCGUCGAAAGAUGCUCUGAAUCCCUUUGUUGAGAACAGAUCUGGUGAGCAAUGA